AUGUCAAAACUAAAAAUUAUUACAUGGAAUAUUAGGGGGCUUGGGAAGUCUGAAAAAAUCAGGGCAGUGUCGAGGUUGGUUCUUAUAGAAAAGCCGGCUAUUUUACUACUUCAAGAAUCAAAAUUGAAUGUCUGUAGAAGUGGAUUAACAAGAAAGCUUGGGGGUAAUCUGCUCAGAGGCAGCUGUUUUGUUCCAGCUGAUGGUUCGGCAGGAGGUUUAAUAUGUUUAUGGAAUGAGAAUGACUUUGAGGUUAGUGCACAGAUUAACAGUGGUAGAUUUAUGGCAUUAUCAGGGAAGUUUAAGAUGAGCAAUUUUGAAUGUGUCAUUAUCAAUGUGUAUGGUCCAUCAGUAGAGGCUGAUAAAGAGGAAUUUUUUAGGGAUUUUUUAUGUGCUGUUCAAAGCAUCAACUUGCCGGUCUGCUUGGGGGGGGACUUUAAUGCUUAUCUAGACCCUGAGGAGAAAUGUGGGUUUACUCAGAAUUGGCACUCUAUGGAUUUGCUUAGGUCUUUUAUUCAGUCUUCAAAUUUGAUGGAUUUACCGCUAGUAGGGGGGCGAUUUACAUGGUCCAAUAAUAGAGAGUCAACUACAUGGUUCCCAAAUGUGAUCCAAAAAAUGCUUCCCAAAUCCCUUUCGGAUCACAAUCCAGUUUUGUUGGUAGAAGAAUGCAAUAAUUGGGGCCCUAAGCCGUUUCGGUUCUAUAAUUACAUGCUUCAGGAAGAUGGGUUUGUUGGGGCGGUGGAAUCGUCAUUAUCAAAUCUAAGGAGGGCUACAGGAAGAGGGGACUUCCUUUCAAGAACGGGACUUGAUGAUUGUUGCGAGGAAGGAGUGUGGAAUUUGCAUAGGAAGGAGGAGAGCAUUUGGCUGCAGAGGUCACGAGUAGCUGAGGAAGUUAUUUCAGAACCGGAUCAGCUGAGAGGCUUUGUUUUUAAUUAUUUCAAGGACAAUUUUAACUCGGUAACAACCCUAGAGGUGGACAAAAUCAAUUUGCCUUUUGCUAAAUUGACAGAUGAUCAAAAGAAGCUACUUGAAGUUAGAUUCUCAGAACAGGAGGUGUGGGAGGCAGUCUUCCACUCGGACAGUGCCAAAGCACCGGGGCCAGACGUUUCACAAUGGACCAGAAAUCCUGAAGGUAUAGAAGAUUACAGACCGAUAAGCUUAGUUGGCAGUUUGUAUAAAAUAAUUUCCAAAGUUCUAGCUAGAAGGCUUGCGGCUGUUAUUAGUGUUCUGGUUAGUCCGUCACAGUUUGCCUUCAUUCCCGGAAGGCAGCUACUGGACUGUGUCUUCUUGGCUAAUGAAGUUAUUGAUGAUUGGAGGAAAAAAGAGAGGAAAGGUGUUGUUUUCAAGGUGGACUUUCGAAGGGCUUAUGAUUCGGUGGAAUGGCCGAUAUUGUUGAGACUCCUGAGAAUUAUGGGAUUUGGAAAUAGGUGGCUUUCUUGGAUUGAGUUGUGUAUCUCCUCCGCUUCAAUUUCUGUUCUUGUCAAUGGUUCUCCGACCAAUGAAUUCAAGAUGGGGAAAGG